AUGAACGUUGGCUCUUAGUCCAAUGGGCCUGGAAUUUUAAUAACAAAAAAUCCGCGUAAGGAGAACGCGGCCUGAAUCAUAGCCCAACUGAAUUUCUGCCAUAGUUUUUCAAUAUGGAGAAUGCGGACGGGAAGCAACCAGCCACGCUAGUGAUGUUGUUGACAGGCGGGAGAGUAUUUCGUAACCAUCGCCCGCCCAUGACAACAGGAGCCGUUCCCGAAUCCGAAACCCGACCCAAUAUCUUUCUCGACCGAGUGUGAAAAGGGCAAGAAGAAAAAACAGAAAGGAAAGAAAACAAACAUGCCUGAAGGCGCGAAGUCGAAGAAGAACAGAAAGAACAAAGCUGCUGCGAAGGCAAAGGAAGAAGCAGAAGACCAGAAUACAGAAAAUGGACACCUAGAAGAGAAUACAGAAAGACAAUCUGAUGACGAGGCACCGGCGUCGAAUGGUACGCCAGCUAAUUCGAUAAACGGGAAUUUUGUCAACAACAUAGCGACCGAAAAGACUGCGAGCAACGAAAACGAUAGAGACGAUGGCUCCGAUGGAGAGUCUGCCGCUACGACCAAAAAUGAUACCCAGCAGCAGGCCAAAAGCGACGCUGAACCACCGGUGCUUGAUGCACAAUCCAAAGACCGUUUUGAUGCGCUUGUGCGAGAUCGCGAUUCAUUGCGGGCAGAGGUGACCGGUAUGCGCAAGUCUCUGGAGGAAAUACAAUCCAAGCAUCGGGCAGACAUGGAAGCACUACAACAAAGGGUAGAUGAUGCCGAAAGUAAGAAGGGACAGGCAGAAACGCAAUACCAGAAGUUACUGGAGAGGGUCAAUACGAUCAAGGCCCAACUAGGGGAAAGACUCAAGGAGGAUGCUGUAUAAAUCGCCCAGGCAAGGUCACAAAUUGAAGAUCUCGAGGAGCAGAACUCCAAUCUC